GGGACAGAGGCGGUGCCUGCCCGAGAUUCCCAUGGAGGGGAACGGGCUGCCCACACUGCGGGGGAAAUAGCUCUCCACGGAGGCUCACUUCAAACACACAAAAGUUAGAAGAUUGCAAGAGGGAGGCUGGGGAUAACUGGGUUUUUUUUUUGCUUGAGGUCGUGUGGGGAUUUCUGCACGGAGUAAACGGUCAGGAUGAAACGCGCCUGGUGGAAUUUCACCUGGCUCCCAGCUCCUAGUUACCCUGCACACACCCAGAGCUGACUGGGCACCUCGCUCAAUCAGGAUUAAAGUCGGAUUUCCACUCCAUCCCGGGGGAUAUCGCACACCGCUGGAAACUCAGGGUUUUCCAGUUCAGCCAUGAGUAAUUCUUUUGUGACUCUGGCUGAGGUCCUGGAGGCAAGAGGAAGUCCUAUGGAUGAUGAUGAAAUUUGGGCCUUAUUGUUGCAAGCUGCCGAGGUCUUGCAGGAGAAUGCACUGCAAGGCUUUCCCUUCCAUUCCAUUCUCUCUCCAUGGUCUGUGCUCCUGUCAGCAAGAGGUGGAUUAACUUUUCGAAGUAAUGUCUCAGGUGCAGACAUUUACACCUUUGCUGCACCAGAACUGCUCCAGGGCAGGAGCUCCAGCUCACAGCUUGGGAUAGAGAAGAUGCAUUUGUACUCACUGGGAAUGACCCUGUACUGGGCAGCUGACUACCACCUUCCUGAAACACAGCCAGUCCAGCUCAGUGGCCAAUUGAACCAGCUCCUACUGAGCAUGUGCGAGGACCUGCCACACAAGAGAGUAUCCUUGGAGACCAUCGUAAAUACCUGUGAAACGCAUCGGCAGAACUUGGGACUGCCCCCAGCAAGCACCUGCUUAAGGAAGCUGGUUCAGCUGGUGCUGGGAAGUACGGCGGAGGUCCAAAAGGAAGACAGUGUCACCAACCAACCUGAUCGAAGCACUGUCAUCAGGGAGAGGCUACAUCGUAAACAAAAUCCGGAACUAGCUGCUGUGACCCGCAGAAUCAAUAACCACAAAGGAGUGAACAGUGUUGCACAGCCGACAGAAGCAGGCAUUGACUUGUGGAUUUCCCGCAGGUCCCUUAGUUACCAGUCUCCCUCCCCCUCAGCCCCCAUCACCAAGAGCUUCAGUGGAGACUGUGUCCCAAGGAAUGGCAGUGUCAUGUCUUUCGCUGUGAUCCCAGAUGCUAACGGAAACUACAAUGUUUCCAAGCCUCUCAUGGGGGUUUCUUCCUAUAGUCAGCACCUUUCGAGGUCUAGGGAGUUCCUAACGGGCAGACCGCAGCAGGCAACUCUGGGGAACAAGGAGCCUCACAGUUCUUCAGCUGCCUCCAUCACUUCAGCACUAGAUGCCUUUAGAAGAGUCAAAGAGGGGCAAGGCGGGCUACAGAGACUGGAAAGCCCAAUGCUGUCAGAGGGGAGCUGGCAUCAGCAGAAGGUUUGGCGUGCAGAAAACAGGAGUUCCCUGGCAAGUCACUGUCAAGCCCCAACAGACAGGUCCCUCAGUACAUUAAGUACAAGCUCCAGUGGAAUCCAGCAGGAGAGUGAACUAUCCCUGAGUGCUGCAUCCUACCUGGAAACCGAACUUCUGAACGAGGCAAAGAAUUCUCCUCAGAGAGCUGUUUCUGUCGCCUGUUCAUUGCAGCAGAAAGGAAAGCGAUACUUUGGACCAGAGUUUGUUAAAGCGGCUGGUGACCCUGCGAUGCCUUUAGAUUUACCUGGCUCCAUUGUGAGCAAGAAAGGAAAAGCACAUUUAUCCCAGCGAGAGCUCAGUGUCAUCAUACCAAAUGGACAGUGUUUGGAAGUGAAAUGUGAUGUGAAAUCUAAGGGCAGUGAUGUCUUUGACAUGGUGGUGGCCUACACUAACCUUGUGGAGCAUUUCUAUUUUGGCCUUGCUUAUCUAAAAGAUAAGGAAUUCUUUUUUCUUGACCAUUUUACCAAACUGUACAAGGUGGCACCCAGUGGAUGGAAGGACCAAUCCAAAAAGAGAACGACAAUUGUGAACUUCACACUGUUCCUCCGAAUAAAGUUCUUCAUUGAAAACUUCAGUUUGAUUCAGCACAGCCUCACCCGACAUCAGUAUUAUCUACAACUGAGGAAAGACAUCCUUGAAGAGCGAUUGUACUGCAGUGAUGAGACAGCUCUGCUGCUUGCCUCCCUGGCUCUCCAGGCAGAGUACGGAGAUUACAUUUCUGAGGUGCAUGGCAAGAACUACUAUCGUGUUGAACAUUACAUUCCUCCCAGUGUGAUGGAGAAAAUGGCUUUGACUUGUAUAAAGGAAGAAUUACCUCGACUGCACUCAACGUACUUUAACUUGUCUGAAGAGGAGGCUGAGUUGGAAUUUCUGAAGGUAACACAGCAGCUUCCAGAGUACGGGGUCCUGUUCCAUCGGGUGGCACGGGAUAAAAAAGCCACAGGUGGGGAAGUUGUGCUCGGAAUCUGUGCCAAAGGGAUCAUUGUUUAUGAGGUGAAGAACAACAACAGGAUCGCCAGUCUACGCUUCCAGUGGCGUGAAACCGAAAGAAUCACAUUUAAUAGAAAGAAGUUUACUGUGCAAAGCAAUUCAGAUGGUAAGAAGCACACCUUUGUGACCGAAAACAGCAAAACCUGCAAAUACCUGAUCGAACUAUGCUCUGCUCAGCACAAGUUCCAGAUGCAGAUGAAUUCGAGGCAGCUUUAUCAAACCACCUUUCAAAAUGAAGAACACGUUUUUACCUCUGUAGCUUCGAAUGAGACACGAUAUGCACGGCGCAGGCGUUUCGAGGAGAUGCGCAAUAUUUCCCGUUCAGAGACCGUGUUGAGUCACCCUAAUGUGGACACCGCCUCGAUUGGAGCACUGAGCAAGUCCUGUGACAACCUCAUGGCAACCAUGGCUACCCCAGGAGGCACCAAUUACAUGUGGAGCAGAACAGCUGAUGUCCCUCAAUCUGAAAUUCUCACCUCUUCGAGAGAAAGGUGUCGAUACUUGGAUCUGCAGAAUGUGACUCCAGGUCAAAGUGAUGUGACUGGGGCAUCAGAAAACAAACUGGACACUGAGAAGACUAUACCUGAGAGGGAGAUUGUCUUUGUGACUCUGAAGAAAGAUCCCAAAGUUGGUUUUGGAUUUCAGAUUGUUGGAGGAGAGCGCACUGGGAAAUUAGACCUGGGGAUCUUUAUUACAUCAAUCACACCAGGAGGCCCAGCAGACAAAGAUGGACGUGUUAAAGAAGGAGGACGUCUGAUCUCAGUGAAUAAAGAGAGCCUGGAGGGGGUCACUUUCAGAACUGCAGCGGAGAUUCUACAGAACGCCCCCGAUGAAGUAACACUCAUCAUCUCUCAGCCAAAAGACCCACACAAGACUACUUGGAUGGGCGCUGCAAAUUUAAGAAGUAAAGUCAGUAGCUCAGUGAGCUCACAGCACCGUUGGCAUGGUAACUCGUCUGCAAGAGAACAAGGCCUCAAUCAUGAAGUGUGUGCUCCUGAGGUGACUCCAGUGAUGGGUGGGCCAUCUGACCACAUUCAUUUUGCGAAAAAGAAGAUGCCACAGGAGUUGAAACCAGGAGACAGAUAUUCUGUGGAGCUGACCAAGAUAGAUGGAAGCCUUGGAGUCAGUGUCACAGGUGGUGUGAAUACCAGUGUGAAGAAUGGUGGAAUCUAUGUGAAGGCUAUUAUACCUGGAGGAGCUGCUGACUGUGAUGGUCACAUCAGGAAAGGUGACCGUUUGUGGGAAGUGGAUGGAGUCAGCUUGCAGGACAUCACCCAUAAACAAGCGAUUGAGUGUUUGAAGAACACUGGUCAGGUGGUGCGGCUGGUGUUCGAAAGAGGACAGGAGGCAUCAGCUGGGACUCCCAGUUCUGAAGGCCACCAGGGACCCAUUCGCACUGACAGUCAGCACAGGAAACAAGAGGAAUAUCCCAACGAUUCCAUGGCAACCACCUUAUCGGCACCCAAAGACUACAGCUUCAUGACAGAUGGUAACACGUUCGAGGUGACAAUGAAGAAAAAUUCGGCAGGUUUGGGGUUCAGUUUCCUGCAGAUGUAUCCAGCGGACAGUGACCCAGGAGGGAGCUUGGUGAGGAUAAAGAGAUUGUUUCCAGGGCAACCAGCAGAGGAGACUGGCCAGAUUGAAAUCGGGGACGUCAUCUUGGCAGUUAAUCGAACCCCACUAAAGGGACUAUCCUAUCAGGAGGUACUCCAUCUGCUGCGAGGAGCUCCCCCUGAGGUCACAAUGCGCAUGUGCAGGCCAGCACCAGGAACCCUUCCUGAUAUAGACCCUAAUCUACUGACUCCAGUUUCUUCGCCAGUGAAAGAGUUGUCUGUGCUGAAUACAAUUGAUCCACAGCUGAUCCGAGGAUUUGAACCGGAUGAAGGUGAAGAGAAGCCCCGGGGAUUCCCUCAGCAGGACCACCCGUGGGAUUCGAGCGAUGAGGAGGGCACUGGUGAAGUCAUUCAGGAAUCUACUGAGCAGCAUUUCCAAGAUAUACCACUUGACACACCGAACAUGGAAUUAAUCAGCGCUCUAGCUGAAGACCUGAGGCAGAACUGUUACUCGACCUGCGACUUAGAUGUUGCCGCGCCAAGCACAGAGAGUCUUCCGUGUUGUGUGGCUGAGGAAAGGGACUCCAUGUCACCGGUCUUCUUUUACAAACCCGAAGUAUCUUCCCCGACACCACUGGAUGAAGAAUAUCUGACCAUCAGCUCCACAUCGAACUCCUCACGGUGCGACAGCCCAGACUCUCAAUCACCUACCGUCGCUGUGCCACAGCUUCACUUCUUGACACCUUUCCCCGAGCCUUCAGUCCCAGCAGAGAAAGACACUCUUGAUAAAACUGAAUGGGAGGAUCUGGAGGAGCUAGAUCCCGAAGUGGAGGCGGGAGCAAGGAAUGACGAGGACGAGGAAGAAGUUCCAAACUUACCCAUAAUACGGGAAUAUGAAAUGUACGUAACCUUGAAGAAAAAUAAGAAGGGAAGCCUUGGUUUCACCAUAAUGCGUAGUAAACUGGACAACUGUUAUUACAUCCGUGAUGUCCUGGAUAAUCCUGCAAAGGCUGAUGGGAGACUAAGAGCAGGAGACAGGCUCAUAACGGUAAACGAUUUUGAUGUCACAAACAUAUCACAUGAGAAUGCCAUUAAUCUGCUCCGAUCCGCUCCUGUCAAAUUAACCAUCAUGGUAGGACGUGCUGCUCAGAAUCUACUUCCAGCUCUCCCCUUGGAAAAGAUCCCUGACAUCAUUCUAAAGAAAGGUCCAAAUGGACAGUUAGGUUUGAAGUUAACAGGGGGAAUAGGCAGUAAAUGGCAAGGCAUUUAUGUUCUGGAGGUUGUGCCGAAUUCCCCCGCCAGUUUGGAGGGAAGUCUGCAGCCGAGAGACAAGAUCCUUUAUAUCUGCGAUAUGUGCACCAUGGGUAUGACUCUGGAUGAUGCUGUGCGAGCGUGUGACACAGAGAAUGGCAUCAUAAAAAUCAAGGCCCUGAGGGAUGGUAAACCAGUGAUGACUGAAGCACAAAAGCCUGGAGGUGCGAGCAGAAAGAAAGCUAAGAAAUGUUUAGCGCUAAAAGGCAAGUGCUUCACUGACCGUAAGCUGACAUCCAAAGCAGGACAAAGACAGUCUGAACGAGAGAAGCAGCAGACUCUGGAUGGCAAACAACCUGCAGAUUAUGUGCAGUCCCAAACUAAUUCCACUCUGCCUGCAGAAUCUGAGAACUCAAUAAUCCACAUUGAAUUGGAAAAACCAGCAAGCGGCAGUUUGGGCUUUGCACUGGUGGGUGGUGACAAUGGAACUGCUGCGCUAGUGAAGGCGAUUAGCCCGGGAAGUGUGGCAGAUCUGGAUGGGAGACUGAAAGUGCGAGACAGUCUGUUGCAGGUGAAUGGGGAAAAUGUAUGUGCUCUGUCUCACAGUGAGAUAGUUGAAGUUUUGCGCAGAGUACAAGGUGUAGUGACACUGACAGUCAGCAGAAAACUGCCUGUGGACACAGUGGAUAAUCAAUCCGAAACGAAAUCUUUCCCCAGAACACAAUCAAUAUCUGCUGUUGCUGAAAUGUCUUCACUGGGAAAACAUUCCUCUGGCAGCAGCAUUCCUGAAGGAAGCAGUAAUUAUACAAAUGGUGAACAGCCUAUGGAACAAGUUCAAGAGAUACAAUUUUCACAGCACAAUCCACAAGCGUUUGAUCCUGAACACAUGAGUGAAGACCCUGGAGAUUCCUGGGAGAGCACAGGGAACAAUGGCGUUCAUCCGGUGCCUACUCCUCAAGAGCGGAACGGGAAAGCCAGCCUUGGUGUCACACGAAGCCUCGUUUGCUCAGUGAACUGCAAUCAGAAUCACUCAGGGGGGACGUGUGAAGACCAAGGAAGAGAUGAAGUGGAGAAAUACGAUUCCGAUGGCUGGAGCAGUGAUGAGGAUCUGCCUCGUUCCUCCUGUAGAGUACCUGCCCCCCCUACAGGUAAACCCAUGGUGUCAGAGGUCGAGUUGAUCAGCUGGCCUGUGGUGAAGACUCCAUUGGGCAGUAGGUACUCUGGGAUGAACCUCGAGACUCUCAUUGGAAACCUUCAUCAGCAGCUGGAACACCAGCAACCUCUUAAGGAGUUUAUGGCACUGGAGCAUCUGAAACCGAUUGAUGACUGUAGAGUGGGAAAAAGUCCAGAAAACAGAGAAAAAAACAGAUAUAGAGACAUUCUGCCUUAUGAUAAAACCCGAGUUCGAGUCGGGGUCCACGGCUACAUCAAUGCAAGUUACAUUAGGAUGCCGAUUGGCUCUGAGGAGUAUGUGUACAUCGCCUGCCAGGGACCAUUACCAGGCACCACAAACGACUUCUGGCAAAUGAUCUGGGAAAACAAAGUUGGCAUCAUCGCGAUGAUGACCCGUGAACACGAGCGGGGAAAGGUCAAGUGUCACAGAUACUGGCCUGACAAAAUGUAUAAACCAAUGAGAGUGAACAAGUAUCAACUAAUCUUGGAAAAUCAACAGAUCCUGGAUUCCUUUGAAAUAAAUGCCAUGAAGAUGACAGACAGUGAGACCGGAGAAGUACAUUAUGUGAAACAUCUCCAAUUUGUUACAUGGCCUGAUCACGGAACACCGAACUCGUCAGAGCAACUUGUGCGGUUCAUUCUCUGUAUGAGGGAAGUGCAUCAUCAGGGACCGACUGUUGUCCAUUGCAGUGCUGGCAUCGGGAGAAGUGGGGUCCUAAUCUGCACCGAUGUACUGUUGAGCCUGAUUAACAAAGAACUCAGCUUUGACAUCAUGGACAUAGUGAGGAACAUGAGAAGACAACGCCAUGGCAUGAUCCAGACUAAGGAUCAGUACUUGUUCUGCUACAACAUUGUGUUGGAAAUUCUAGAGAGCAUUCAACAGACAACAAGAGAAGAACAUGUUGUGACAAAGUAGUCCAUGGCAGCUGGGGGUCAGAGCUCACAGGCCAUGGGUCUGGGAAUGUGUGAGCUACACACUGAAGUGACUACUCCUACGUGUUAAUUGGAUUCAGGACCAACACCAUGCCAGCAAUAACAAAUAAGUAACGAACUGUGAUUUCACAAUUGUACUCAUUAAUAUCUAAAGGAGUUAUACAAAAGCUGUUUAUUUAUGACUUGUAUGGCUCUCACAAAUAAGGAGAAUUUAUUUAAGCAAUUUUCUAGUUGAACUGAGGUCAAUCAAAUGCCACAUAUGUAUUCAACAAGACUAAACACAACCUCUGUGUUCUUCACACUAAGGAUUUAUAACUAUGAGCGAGUCUCUCUCCAGCCUUUCUCCAGGUUAUUUAGGGGGAUGGCUAUGCCCUUUCAGUAUGCUUACUGUAUUAGAGGUCAAUCAUACCACAUCACAACCAGGAGGAACUCUGAACAGCAGAUGUUGCCCUUUGGGAAUAAUAGAAGUAGCCAUUUCCAAUGUGACUGAGACAUCACAAAAUCAUGACCACAGGUAGAGAGAGGAUGUUUAAAAAAAAAGUUAUUUUUGUGGAUAAUUGUUUAACAAACUUCAACAGUCAAAUGUAAAUACAAUGAGAUUUUUAUAUUUCUGGAUUAAUCCCACACUAUAGACUGUAAAGCCUUCUUCCAAUAUUUUGUUUCGAUUGAAUUAUAUGUAACCAACUAAUAUUCUGUCAGUAUGAUUGUUUUUAUCCUGUAGAUUUUAUAAUAGCACUUCUUGCCCAGUUAAAGAUUUUUUACAGUUGCACAGAUGAUUCCAAAACAUCAACAGCUGUCUUACUGCGGCACAUGUUAGACUAAUGGUUGGAUAUUUGUUGAAUUCAACAAAAUUAGUUCAAGCCUUUCUGUCAUUAUGAUAGGUCAGAGCACGAUUUGAAACGUAAAAAUGCCAUCAAGUCAAGCAGGUGAAAUGACCAGUUUAAGACCAUUGAGCAGGCAACACUUCCUCUCAGGCACACAAAGUUCGACAGGAUCAGCCUGUGUCACACUGUCAUCACUAAGUAAAAACUUACUCACCACCCACCACAACCCUAUCACCAACAAAUCUCCUGGAAAAGAAAAAAUACAGAGCAAAAAGAAAACAAUGUGCAAUGAGAGAAUACUUUGAAAAUUCCUCUCCAACACACUUGAGCAAUCAAAACCAGCCCAGAAAAUUACGUGUGCUGGCUCUGAGUUACUUACUUUCCACAUGCUGCAAUCAUUGUGUCAGUCAAGAUCUGACUUUGAGCUCCUCUUUUGAGAAUCACCAGCCACCAAACAGGCAGGCAAUGCAUCCCAGAAGCUUGCUGCUCCAUGGGGAAAGAGCCACAAGAGAGAAUCCAUUUGUACCUUGUCUUACCACACAGCCACAUUUUCAGGCAGAGGGGGGGAAGAGUGAUGUUCACUUGUCCCUAUAUGAAGCUUGCUAACCUAUCUCUGACCUUUUCAUGUCAAGUCGCCAUAGACUUAUCACGCUGUUGGGCUGCUGUCCUGUUAGAGAGAGAGAGAGAGAGAACUGGUGGUGGUUUAACCUGAGGGCAGUGAGGGGAGAGGUUGAGAAGGAGAAUCUUUGAUGGUAACCUCAGGUGGUGAUGGAAGUUGAAGUCACAUAGCUGGCUUCGCAUUGUUUUGCAAACCAACCUCCACCUUUAAUAGGAACAUAAAAAGUAAGAGCUGGAGUAGGCCAUUUGGCCCAUCGAGCCUGCUCUACCAUUCAGUAAGAUCAUGACUCAUCUUAACAUAGACAAACUUUCACUCACCCACCUGCUCACCAUAACUCUUAAUUCCUUUGCUGUUCAAAAAUCUAUCUUUGCCUCAAAAACAUUCAACAA